AUGACUGAAAAUCACCUAGAAAUGUCAUAUCCAACAAUGGACCUCUUGAAGAAGGCCAAUCCAGUUCUUUUUUCCGAAGAAAGAUACGAUGAGUAUCCCUUAGAUGGCGAGGAAUUGAUGCAAUAUUUGAGUACGUCUUCCACAAUAAAUAACCACUCAAGACCGCUAACGAACGUCGACUACUCAGAUUACUUGGUUUACGGCAAAGACGAUGGGUCCAACCAUCAGGAGAUUGACUUGGAUAAGAAACUAAUAAGUGAAUUCAUUUUAUUUCUCAUACAGUCGCGUCAACACGACAGUAAUGACGCUGAGAAUAAUAAACAUAAAUCCAUAAAGUUUGAAGAGUUUUUGAAAAUGGAGCCUUAUUCCAAGAGAUGGUAUAAUUGUAUCUUGGAUGUAUUAGAACAGGGGAAUGCUACUGAGGUGGUUGAUUUAUCGAUGUCCAAUAAAAUUCUAAGUGAGUUCAUCCGAAAAGGAAAUGAACGAGAUUUAGUUAAGGCUGAUGACCAAACUUUGGAAGAGCUUACUUCUUAUCUAUUAUCAAGUGCGAUUAAAAGAGGUAUUGAUAUUAAACCUGUAAGGUUGGAUGAUCCGGUGGCUUUUUUGAAGAAUGGCAUUGACUGUAUACUGAAUUCAGUUGAUUCAUCAUCAUUGGCACCUUCUCAAGAACUAGACCACAAUGAUGAUUCCGAAAAUAAGCCCUCGAGUCAAGAAAAUGAAAUUGGUAAGAACAAAGAUAUAGAACAGAGCAUGGCAUUGGGGGAACGAGAAAGUGAAACCACUAUGGAAGAAAUGAAAACAGCAUUUAAGGAUCUACAACUGGCGCAUAACUUUUUGACGAAACGUUUCGAACAUGAUCGUGUGGGCUACAGCCAAGAUAUUGAAAAGUUAACACGAACAAACAGAGAAUUACAAGAAAAAUUAUUAUCAUAUCAUUCUUCUUUAACUAAGACGGAAAAGAAGUUACAGGAGGCAGAAAAGGCUUCAAAGGAAUUGAAAACGAAAAAUGAUAACUAUUCUUCACCUAGAACACUAUCCAAUACAUCAAACCCAUUGAAUUCACCAAUACUUUCGCCAGAGUUAUGGGGACCACCUUCUCCAGGUAGCAUUAACAGUAACGCAGGAGCUCAUUCGAUAUCCAUCAUGAGAAAUGAAUUCAAAAGAAUAAUAACAGAGACUCAGAAAAAACAUGAAAAAGAGCUGAGUGAAGAACGAAAGAAGAGGUUAGAUUUAGAAGAAGAGUUAAAGAAGCUAAAAGAAUAG